ACCAACAUUUAUGUACAUAUGUGCAUAUAGUUUUAUUUUAUUUCUUUUUUUUUCGUUGUAGCAAUCGAAACUUGAUUUCGUUUUUCGUUGAUCACGAUCUUCUUAAAUUCUUUGAAGUUUCAAGUGCCACUGACACAGUAUAGAGUCAUGAUAUUUUUCACGUGAAUUAUUAUAUUUUAUUAUUUAAUAUCCUGUAUUAUCAAAGAUGCUGUAGUACAUAUUAUUUAUUGAAAAUAAUAAUAAAUAAACGAGAUUAUAUAUAUCAUAUUAAGAUUAAACAAUUGUGAUAUAUAUUUAAACAUAUAUAAUUUAACAUCAACAUUAUGUGGAAGUGUCAUAAAUGCGGAAAGCCUGUUUAUUUUGCUGAAAGAAAACAAUCAUUGGGCUAUGAUUGGCAUCCUGAGUGUUUAAGAUGCGAGGAAUGCGGCAAGAGAUUAAAUCCAGGCCAACAUGCUGAGCAUAAAGGAGUACCGUAUUGUCACGUUCCUUGUUAUGGUGCAUUGUUUGGUCCACAAUUAUUUGGUCAUGGUACUAGAGUUGAAUCUCAUACAAGUUUUGGUAAAAAAGAACCGCGAUCAACUUUACCGAGGUCGCAUUUAGAAACAAAAUUAAAAGUUUUUAAUCAGUAUUAUGAGGGUAAAAGUGGCGGGAUAAGAAGUCGAGAAGUCAAUGGAAGAUUAAUUCUCGAAGGUGCUCUAAGAAUUUAUUGGGGAGUACGUGGUGUAAUUCAUUUAAAAGAGGAUGAUGAUCAGAGAACAGUCGUAACAGCACGAAAUCGUAAUUCUUGUCGUCGUAGUGUUGCUGAAAAAGUUGAAGAUGAAGAUGAGGAUGAGGAUGACAAUGACAAUGACAAUGACAAUCACAAUCGCAAUGGAAAACGUACUAGUCCAAAUGAAAAAGAUUUAUCACCGACAGAAAGUAAUUUGGAGAGUGAGCCAAAUUCAGUGCCGACCUCACCAGAUCACUUGAAAAGUCUGACCUUACCGAUGAAACUUGAUGUUAAGAAUAUGGAGCUAGAUGAAUUGGACGAAUUGCUUCAAGUUGAACGUAAAGUUGAGGACGGUGAUAAAUUGUAUCAAACAAUGCCUGAAAAUUUGCCAUCGAUGUCGCAUUCUGUCACUGAAACAUCGCAGUCGGCGAGUCAAUCGAGUCUUGAUGGAUCGUCAGAGAAUCGAAGCUCGAUGACCAACAGCAGCACUAGUUCACAAACUAAAACUAAUAACAGCAGUAUCAAUAGUACGCCGACACACAGUUUAGACAGUACUUCAUCUAGUACAGAUACUCCUAAUAAUUGUCAAGGAACUCCCAACAGAAAUGGCAAUUUACGCAGAGUCGAGUACUACGAUAGUCUAGAAAAAAACAGCAAUAAUCGAAGAAUGAGUAAUGAUGACAGCUGGAUUGAGAAAGGAUUAAAUCGUUCGAUGUCUGGACCUGAUUGCCUUCAAAGACAUCGCGGGGACAGCGAUACUGAUUCAGUUAACUCGCUCCACUUUCGUGAUGACGACAACAUGACCAUGUCUACGGACAGUGGGUUAGAGUUGGAUGGCGUUGUUCUGCGUCGUAAACAAGGAUCUACGGCGAUACGUCGACGUCCGGGUGGCAGAAGACAGUCGCGAAGUCGAUUGCGUCGCCGUUGUUCCAUCAACGGGCACUUUUACAACCGAGAAACAAGUUUCUUUACUCCACCACAUGGAUCACAAAUGUCAGUCUGGGUCACUAGUCUUGUUAGUACUCAAGAGGUUAUUAAUUUGAUGCUUGAUAAAUAUAAAGUCGACGCUAAAUCAGAUAAUUUUGCUUUGUUUGUCGUACGUGACAAUGGAGAGCAACGUAGACUAAGAGAUGAUGAAUAUCCUCUAGAAGUUCGUGUAGCUCUCGGACCACAUGAAAAUGUUGCACGUCUAUUUCUCGUGGACAAACUUUCGACUCCCGAAAUAAGUUCAGAUGUCGCACAAUUUUUGAAUCUCUCAUUAGCUGAGUGUCAGGGCAUUUUACAACGAUACCAUUACGAGGAAGAGAAACAGAUUUUGCUAUUAAAAGAAAAGUACAAGGAAAUGCGACGUAGAAUAAAACAACGAAUGGAAGAAUUGAAAGUCCGGUUGUAGGUGAGAAAUGAGAUUAAUUUUUCUUUUUUUAGAAUUUUUUAUUGAAUCAAUUUUAAUUUUCUUAAUUGAAUCGUUGCUAUUUUAAACUGAGAUUGAUUAUUACUUUUUAUUUUGGGCAUAGAGUGCUCUCAUUAAUUGAUUCUUAGAAUUAAUCUAUUUUUAUUACUCGAUAAUUUAAUUACUUUUCUAUAUCAAAACGUUAUCACGAGAAAAUUUUAAAGAAAAAAAUGAAAAUAAAAGUAAAAUUACAUUUGAUGAUGACAAAUAAUCAUACAUCAACGUGUAAUACAUAUCGAUUUUUUGUUGUCUCGAGUUGAAAAGGCUGGCAAAUUCAGAUUAAUUAAAAACAUAUAGGUUUAUAAAUGCUUUUACUAACGUACAUUUAUUUCUUAUAUUUUUACACUACUGAGCUUUAUAAAAAAAAUUUAUUUGUUUUCUACAAUUGUGCAUUAUCAUACAUAAUGUACGCGUAAACUAUAAAUCUAAUGAUUUUUAUAAAUCUGGUAGCUAAUAAUAUUGAUAAUAAUUUAGAUUAAUUAUAUUUAGUAAUUAAGUUUUUUAUUCUAAUGGAUAAAGAAUAUUAUUAGUCAUCGUUUAUUGGACUUGAAUAAUUUCUAUUUAAAGAAAAUAUAAAUCGAAGAGCUUUCCGUUUUUCAUAAUAAUUUUUUAUGUUCUUGAAGAUCGGAACGUUUUUCGCGCAACGGAAAUAAAAAAAAUUCUAAAGCAAUAAAUCGACUGGAUGUUUUGCAUACACUCGGAAAGAAUAAGAUGGUACUGGAGCCUAUCCCGGAUUAAACUCAGUUACAUCUGAGUUAAAAAAAAAUUUCUGAUAGUGACCACUUACACAUGGAUUAUAUUCAGUUCUAUCUCUGAUUUAACUCAGUUAUCUGUGGUCUAAAAUAAAAUUUUAUUUGGAUUUGGUUCACCAAAUUGAAAUUUAAAGCCGUUUUUCCCGUUUUUCACAAGAGAAACUUGACUUUUUUUUUACGGAAAUAUGGAAUAAAUUGAGUUUUCGCCUUGGUUUAGACUUAGCUGUCUUACUUAGUCAUGUUUUAAGACGAAAAGGUCUGAAUCAAGUGAAAAAUUAUUUAUUAAUAUUCGACUUAAAUUAUAAGGCAGAAAAGUCAAAAUUAAGGUAAAACGGGAGAAACAAAUUUCACAUUAAAAAAUACUGCUUGCUUUUGACUUGUUUGAGCAAAUCUAAAGUAAGGCGAAUAAACAACUUUUCUUCGACUUGGUUCAGCAAGUCAAAAGAAAGAUGAAUUACUGUCGUGUUUGAAGACGAUUAAGUUCAAACAUAGAUGAAAAAAGUUCUGAAAGUUAACAAAAAUUUAAUUUAAGCCGAAACAGUCAAGAUCUUGUCGGAAAAUCUCCGUCAAAUCGAUAACUUCAAAAGAAAAUGAGAUGAAGCGAGCCUAAAUCAAGUUCUAUUUUUGACCCGGGACAUCUCAGAUAGAUGGUAACCACAUACAUCUAGAUUUAACUCAAUUACAUCUGCAAUAGAACUGACUAUAAUCCAGAUGUAAGUGGUUACUAUCCGAAAUUUUUUUUUACCUUAAAUGUAACCUAGUAUAAUCCGGGAUAGUAGUCAGUACCAUCUUGUUCUUUCUAUGCAGGUGCUGGUAUGUCAGUCGAAAAUCUUAGGCCACCCCUAACUUCCGGAACUAUUCCUUAAGCAGCCAACUUACAUAAAUAUUUUUAAUUUUCGUUGCGUGAAAAACGUUCCGAUUUUCAGGUCAUAUUUUUUCUAGUUCAUUAUGAAAAAAAAAAAAAAAAAUAAUAAUAAUGGCAAUAAGAAUAGAGAAUCAUAGACUCAUGAUUUUUUAAAAGCAAUAGAGAUAGUUAUGAAAUAAUUUAUCAUUCCUUGAAUUUGAAUAUUUAUAUUAAUAAUAAUGGUGCAUUAGUUGGCAUUUUCAAUGCUUUCAAAUAUUUUUAAAUAAAAUUUCUGCAAUCUCUUCCACUAAAUAAAGUCAUUUAAUUAUAUUUUUAGUUACAUCUUACUGAUUUUUUUAUAAAAUUUUAAUAUUUUCCAGUAAUAAUUUUUUACUAAUACUAGUAGUGGGAACUGAUUAUUAGCUAAAAUUAAUUCAUGUGUAGUUUAUUAUUUUAUAGAUUUUUUAUUGAACAGUCAUCUAAAAUGCUGGCUUAAAGAAUUUAUUUAAAAUAUUUUAAUCAAUAUUCAAAAGAUUAUAAAAUAAUUAUAAUUUUUAUUUCCAAUUACUAUUGAUAAUUUAUUAGAAAUAUAAAUAAUAUGACUAAUUCUAAAAGUUUACAUUAAUUUAACGUACAAAGAGUAAAAACACACAAAUACAUACCUGCUUUUCUAUUAGAUUUGUUACAAAACAACAAAAUAAUGUUUAUUAACUGCCAGUAAUGUCGGAUAGAGUGAUAAAACACAAACAAAUAUAUAGAUCUGAAUGAACAAUUAGAUUGAAAGUCUAUCUAAAUUUAAAGAUGAAACAAAUCAAAUGAAAAAUAUUUUGAACCAUGACAUUUAUCUAUUAAAUAACAAAAAUCUCUGCUGUGGUACAUAAGUGUUAGAUAAAAAUGAAUAAAACGUUAUAAAAUAUAAUAAUUUGUAAUAUAUAACAAUGUAAUGCUGAGUUGUAAGGAGCAAGUUAUUAUACGAUAAAUAAAAAAAUUAA